AUGUCUUCUUUUGAAGCGCCUGCAGACUCACGGAGUCUGGAUAGCGAUCGCAAAUGGAGUCUGCAGCCUCUCAUUCGCCAUGCAGAGCGAUCACACAGCAAAAUGCCUGGCAUUAGAAAGAUCCCUCUUCGGGCUAUUGGAAUCAUCGCGUUCAUCGCACUGUUGAACAUCAUUGUCUGGGUUGCGGCGGCCAUUGUGUUGAGCUACCAUCCAUCGCUCGUGUCCACAGCUGCUUUGGCCUAUUCUCUCGGUUUGAGACAUGCCUUCGACGCAGACCAUAUCUCUGCUAUCGAUCUCAUGACUAGACGGCUAUUGGCAACAGGCCAGAAGCCUGUUACUGUGGGAACUUUCUUCUCGCUUGGACAUUCGACCAUUGUGAUCAUCACCUCUAUUGUUGUCGCUGCGACGGCUGCUGCUGUCUCCUCGCGGUUUGACAAAUUCAGUACUAUUGGUGGCAUUAUUGGUAGCUCUGUCAGCGCUGCUUUCUUGAUUCUGCUUGGUAUCAUGAAUGCUUAUAUCUUGUACAAGUUGAUCAAGCAGAUGCAGAAGGUUUUCAAUCUGCCUGAAGAUCAACAGGACGAGGCUUGGAAGAUUGAGGGCGGUGGAAUUCUCUUCUCUAUCUUGAAAAAGAUGUUUAAAUUGAUUGACAGACCCUGGAAGAUGUACCCUCUUGGGAUCCUGUUCGGUCUCGGUUUCGAUACCUCGUCCGAGAUCGCGCUCCUUGGAAUUUCUUCCAUUGAAGCAGCAAAGGGAACCUCCUUCUGGGUUAUUCUUAUCCUCCCCGCCCUUUUCACUGCUGGAAUGUGUCUCUUAGAUACAAUUGAUGGAGCUCUCAUGUUCUCCCUCUAUAUCCAACCCGCAGCAAAUUUCCUCUCAGCAAAGCCGUCAACCACUUCAGAUACAGCAUCCGCAACAAGCGAUGGCGACGAGCUCCCCCAGUCGCACAACAACCACCGCGACCCAGUUGCCUUCCUCUACUACUCAAUCGUGCUCACUACGCUUACCGUCGUCGUCGCAAUCGUGAUCGGUGUCAUCCAGCUUCUCACUCUGAUUUUGAAUGUGACCGAUGCCACAGGCAAGUUCUGGGACGGAGUCCAAGUUGCUGGUGACUACUACGACGCUAUCGGUGGUGGAAUUUGUGGUUGCUUCAUCAUAUUUGGUGGUUUAAGUGUUCUUGUUUAUAAGCCCUGGCGCAGAUGGAUGAAUCAGCGCCACGGAAAAAAUACCGUUACUGAUGAGGAGAGAUAUCGGGAUGAGGAUCUUGGUAACUGUGGUGCUAUUGUUACUGAAACGACGGGUAAUGUUCCAGGCGAGAGGACUGAAGCUGUUGGGAAGGGAGCUUCAGUUCAGGUUGAUGUGAGAGAAACCGACGAGCCAAGGCUUGAGGCACAUAUCGUUUGA